GUUGAUUGGUUUGAUCUGUAGGUUACCGUGGAUACCUCUGACCUCCCUGACCCGUGACGUUGAGACCCCUCUGACCUCUGACCUCGCUGGUCUGAGAUCAGCUCACUUGUCCACGCCCAACAGAGUAAAGGAUGAUGGGAAGAAGAAGUGACCGUGGAGGAGGCUCGUCUAUCUGAGUGCAACGCCGAUAGAGGAGGAGAAGAAGAGUCAGAUAGGAAGCAGCCAAUCAGAGUGAACUUCAGAGACCGGAGGGCGGGUCCUUAUCUGAUUGGCUGAUGGGCUACAGAACAGCGUGUGAGUGUGUGUGAAUGGAUCCGUGUUACCAUGACAUUACCAUGGUGACAUCACUCGGAGCCAACAUGGCCGACGCAGCAUGAACUCUGUUGCUGCUCAUUACUGAUGCCGUGCAUCGAGCUUCACUUCCUGUUUAGUACCUGUUUACCAAGGCAUGCUGGGAAUCCACUGCAGCCACAGAGGACCUCAGAAAACCAGUACAGACCAGCAGGACCCAGAACAGGUCUAAUGUUUUGUAAUCAGAGGUAAAUUAUUUUAGUGCAGAUUGUUAAACAGCAAUUUAAUGUUUGGACUAUAUUUCACAUUACUAGUAACAGACUGACGAUGGUCCUGAUUCAGCUGCAGGUACGCCUGCCGCUCAGCUGCGGGUACGCCUGUCGCUCAGCUGCGGGUACGCCUGUCGCUCAGCUGCAGGUGCGCCUGUCGCUCAGCUGCAGGUGCGCCUGUCGCUCAGCUGCCGCUCAGCUGCAGGUGCGCCUGUCGCUCAGCUGCAGGUGCGCCUGUCGCUCAGCUGCAGGUGCGCCUGUCGCUCAGCUGCCGCUCAGCUGCAGGUGCGCCUGUCGCUCAGCUGCAGGUGCGCCUGUCGCUCAGCUGCAGGUACGCCUGCCGCUCAGCUGCAGGUACGCCUGUCGCUCAGCUGCAGGUGCGCCUGUCGCUCAGCUGCCGCUCAGCUGCAGGUGCGCCUGUCGCUCAGCUGCAGGUGCGCCUGCCGCUCAGCUGCAGGUACGCCUGUCGCUCAGCUGUCGCUCAGCUGCAGGUGCGCCUGUCGCUCAGCUGCAGGUGCGCCUGUCGCUCAGCUGUCGCUCAGCUGCAGGUACGCCUGUCGCUCAGCUGUCGCUCAGCUGCAGGUACGCCUGUCGCUCAGCUGCAGGUGCGCCUGUUGCUCAGCUGUCGCUCAGCUGCCGCUCAGCUGCAGGUACGCCUGUCGCUCAGCUGUCGCUCAGCUGCAGGUGCGCCUGUCGCUCAGCUGUCGCUCAGCUGCAGGUGCGCCUGUCGCUCAGCUGUCGCUCAGCUGUCGCUCAGCUGUCGCUCAGCUGCAGGUGCGCCUGUCGCUCAGCUGUCGCUCAGCUGCAGGUACGCCUGUCGCUCAGCUGUCGCUCAGCUGCAGGUGCGCCUGUCGCUCAGCUGUCGCUCAGCUGCAGGUACGCCUGUCGCUCAGCUGCCGCUCAGCUGCAGGUACGCCUGUCGCUCAGCUGCAGGUGCGCCUGUUGCUCAGCUGUCGCUCAGCUGUCGCUCAGCUGCAGGUGCGCCUGUUGCUCAGCUGUCGCUCAGCUGUCGCUCAGCUGUCGCUCACUGAGUGUAAACAGUCACCUGUCAGAACUAGUUUGUAACCUGUUGGAUUUAGAGGGACGUUAUAUCAGGGUUACUUCAGCACAGCGGUGAGAUGGGUGAGACGGGUGAGACGGGUGAGACGGUGUCAGUGAGAGGAAAGACGAGUGGUUCCACCCCAGAGUGGAUUAUAGUUUAGUUUUAUUGCUGAAGAAAGUUCCAUUUUUCUUUGAUGCAGUGGCCCCUCGAGGAAAGUUUUAUAGAAUGUCUCUUCUGUCAGUAAAGUUAGGGUGAACCUGUGGCCCCUGAGGGCCUCUGAGGCUCCUGAGGGCUGACGUCAGAUUAACAGAUCGGGGACGACCUGAGGAAAAUCUGAAUAAACUCAAGUAAAGAAAUAAAUUUUAAAAACAGAUGAAUGGCUCAUGGUCCAGGUCUGAUUAGAGACCAGUAGAGACCAGUAGGGACCAGGUCCUGGCGGUCUGGUGAGUUCCUCUGUGGCUGAAGGUUUUCAGUGUGGACAGAAUCCAUCAGUCAUUUUGAUUCAUUUGCACAGUUUGAAUGUUAAAGUGUGAAAAUAAAAAAUAUAAAGAAAA